GUGGGGGGUUAAAAAGCUCCCUGCAUUUCUGAAAUGAAAAGGGUAAUUGCUGGUACCAAAAUUCACAUCUCUUUUUCUGUGGAAUUCUCCAGCCAAGCUGGGCACUAACCGAGCGGGCGGUUUCACUUCAUCCUUACUUCACAAAAGAUUUCCAAAAUCAGUGCAGCAGACACGGCAAAAUAAAAAUGUUAACUACAUCCUGGCUGGGAGGGGACUGAAGCCUCCACGCUCAAUCAAAGGUUUACAAUAAUAGGAUUCAUAAAAAAAAAAAAAAAGACAGAUGGGAUUAGAAAAUGUUGCAGUGAAGACUCUGGAAUGAGAUGAGAUCACAGCACCAGCCUGUCUUUUGUGGACCUGCACAAUGAUCCCCGAGCCAGACUGGAUUAGGAAACCUCGCGACUAGGGGUUCAGAGAGAGGCUUCCGGUUCCCGGCACUUUGGGGGAGAGAAGGCUGAGACGAUGCAUCAGAUUUACAGCUGCAGUGAUGAAAAUAUAGAAGUUUUCACCACCGUGAUCCCUUCCAAGGUGUCCAGUCCAGCCAGAAGAAGAGUCAAAAGCUCUCAACACCUCUUGACCAAGAAUGUGGUGAUCGAGUCGGACCUCUACACGCCGCGGCCCCUGGAGCUGCUGCCGCACCGCAGCGACCGCCGCGACGGCGAGGGCCGUAGGUCCGGCCGGCUCCACAGCGCGCGGCCGCAGGGACCCCACCUUGCCAAGGCCCCGGCCAGACCCGUGGGGAGUUCGGAGCCCAAAUCAUCCAAUCUGUGUGGGAAUCGAGCAUAUGGAAAGUCUUUGAUUCCUCCGGUGGCCCGGAUCUCAGUGAAAGCCCCCAGCGUGCUCGAGGCGGCGGCCACAGCCUCAGAGAAGGGAGCUGUUCUGACGCGAGGAUCCAGACAUCUCAAGAAGAUGACUGAAGAGUAUCCGACCCUGCCCCAGGGAGCAGAAGCCUCCCUACCGCUGACAGGAAGUGCUUCCUGCGGGGUCCCUAGCCUCCUCCGGAAAAUGUGGACAAGGCACAAGAAGAAGUCUGAAUAUGUGGGUGCUACCAACAGUGCCUUUGAGGCUGACUAAAGGUGACUCUCCCCAGAGGCCAUGCAUUGGUCAAAGUUCACUGCAUAUGGGGGAGAAAACUUCAGAUUGGAACUGAGCCACAUUCACCUCUGCUAGUAGCUGGUCCAAACACAUCACCAUUUCUUAUUAACCAAUAGCCCUGCCUUAGGGUACAGGCAAGGGACUCCCCUGGAAGGCAAAAGAAAAGUGUGCCUUCUUAGAACCAAUAAAGCCAUUGGUCUGAAAGUGGCUUUGGGAGAUAGAUAUAAACUCUGUCCUUAUCUUAAAGCAAAAUCACACCACAAUCAAACUUUCCCAACCCAUUUUAAAGACCUCCAGGGAAGGAAGCAGGCAAUUCCUCAGUCUUCCUUGUGAGUUGUUCUAAUGUAUGUGAUUUCUGUUAAAAAUAUAAGAGCUUGAUGUUUGUGAACACAGUGGUUCCUACUAUUCCUCUUAUCACAUUUAUUUCAUCUUGACAAGGUAUAAUUUCUAAAGACAAAGCACUAUAUAUUUACUUAUAGUUCUAAUAUUCAUUUCACAGUAUUCUCAAGAUCAGUAUUGAUCAUUUGGCAUGAUUGCAUGAAUUCUCUAUUCUUUUACGUGCAGCUUUUCUAUAGAGAAACAUGAUUAAAAAUUAAAUGUUGAAUGCUAAUGUUCUCUGAAGUGGCAUAGGCUAGUGAAAUUAAUAAUACCUUGCAUUGGCAAAAUGAUUUUAACUUUCCCGUCCAUUAUCCCUGCUAAGGAAAGCACAAUUGUACCCAGUCUACAGAUGGCGAAGCCAAGGCCUUACGAGAGACAGUUAGUGGAACAGGAUACUAGGUCCUCAGGUCUGCCAGACUCCUUGCUUUGCUCACUCUAGCAACUGAUUUGAGGAGGGUUUGGAGGGGUAGGAAUAGGACUCUGGGAGCAAUGUUUGAAAGGAAAAAUUUGAUAAGGUUGGAAAAAGUAAGUGAUUUAAAUGAAAUACAUCAUUAAGUAUUGGGUUGACCUUGAAGAAAUUGCCUUCUCUGUAGGUCAGAAACAACCGAUCAGUUUCAUAUGGUUCAACUUAGCAUAUAAUACAAUAUUGUGCUUUCCUUCUUUUAAUGGAAAUGUCAUCAUCAAUCCCAUAGUUAACAUCAAUAGACUUACAAUGAUCAUACAAUACAACAGCUCUCAUCUAUUAAAUGCCUACCAUGUGUCAGACAUGACACUGAGCACUUUACAUACAUUCUCCCUCACAACUCUGACUGAGAUGUCCUUAUUUAUCCAUUCCAAUGAUGAGAGUUUAAAGCCAUUAAAUGAUUAGUCUCAAGGCGCCUGGCCCACAUGGGUGUCAGGAUUCAGUGCCUGGUGUUUGUAUCUAUUCCUUCACACAGAAUAGUUCCAAACACAAAGAAAGACCGAGGUUAGUAAAUAAUUUUCAUCUCAAAUGCUAACCACACAUGACUGGCAGAGGCCGCCAGGAGCACCAUGUGGCAGCAGAGUCUGAGACGCAGGCGUGCAGUGGUCAGUUAGGAAUGCCGGCCUGUGCAGGCCAUCAGCUCAUGGGUCCUGCAUAGCUGUCAUCCGUAGCCUCAACUCUGCCCCCAGAAGGCUGUGUUCUAAUUCAGAAGCUUAAAUUAAUCUAACCUGUUUAGCAAAAUCAGACACUCCAUGGUGACACGGAGUCAGAGACUCAGCCAGAAAUCACCACGUCUUGGUACAAUAAGGAAUUUGGCCACGUUACCAGUCUCAACUCAUAGGCUCAUACUCAUAAGCUACCACUCUGGCCAUGUGUCACCUUUUGCUAAGUUACCUGCUUCCGCAUCUCCAGGUGAACCGUAAGGAGGCAUGGAGGGAUAAGAGGACUGGGUUUUGGCUUUCAUCUUGCUAGGAUCCCUGCCCUUCAGCCAUUGUUUUAGAUGGUCAGCACCCAAUCCUCAUGUUGGAACAUGAUUUGGAGAUUCGGGCUUCGAGUACUCUUUCAAUGAGGGCCUAGUCUCAAUGGACUAAUAGUCUUGCACAGUACCGAUAACAGGGCCUGGAGCACAGUUACGAAGCAAGCAGGUGAUUUAUGCUGGACCUAUCAAUCAGAGAUUCCUAAAACUAUUUAUUUCAACUUAUUUAGUCAAUAGCUGAUGUCCUCCAUUUAUAUGGGGCAGCAGGAGAUUUCUGUAGGAUGGAACUGAGUUAUUUAUUUUUAAUUUAAAUAUUUCAUGAUGAAGUGUUUGCCUUGCAUAGAAUGUUUUAACUGACCAAUUCAAAUAAAAAUAAAGUAUGCUUUGUUUGUGACAUCAAUAAACCA